CCUAAUUCCUAGGUAGUCACAGGUCACAUAGGGUCGGUCAAUAAGACCUAUGUAUGUCGUAUACAUCGUCACAUCCAAGUUCAAGAAGUCUCUACACUCGGUAGCACAUCACCCCAGAGCUUCCCAUCGUUCCAAGCCCAAACAUCCUCCUCUGCAUUUCCGGAAACCAGUCUACCAUGUUCACCUUCGACAAUGCUCGUUACACAAUCGGCCUGCCCCACAUCUGCUGUGACGACCUCGAGGCCAGUGGUUGCACGAAUUACUGCACUCCAAGGGACAUCGGAAUCGUCG